CCGUAAUCGAUUUUCUUCUUAAGUCUGAAGGGUAUUGUUUACUUUGUUGGUGACGUGAGUUGGUGUUUAGUGAUUUUUACGUUUCAUCCUCAUGCAUAGUGUAAGUCCGGUAGUUUUGUCUUUGCUUGUGCAUGAAAGGGUGUCGCAGGUCUCUGCAGCUGGAUGAUGUCCGAGUAUCAUCGCAGUCCUGCUGCUGUGUGAUGAGCACUGCUUGGAGCGGUUCGGGGUAGCACGCAUUGAAUGUAGCAGAUGCGACACGGAAACCAUAGCAACAUCAGCGAGAGAAAAGCGAGUUAACUGGUGAUCACACCUUGAUACAGAGUGAGUUUUAAGCUGGGCUUCGGACUGCUAAGAUACACCAACAAAGGGUUAAAAAACGGCGACGAUUCAGGAUGAGCAUCGAAGUGUAGUUCUGCACCAACGAGUACCAAGCAGUGACAGGAAGCAGUAUCCUCUGGUGAAGAAGGGUUUGUCAGAUGGCUGAACCAGAGCUACUUCUGGACUCCAGCAUCAGGCUGUGGGUAGUUCUUCCAAUCGUUUUCAUCACAUUCUUUGUCGGUGUGAUUAGGCACUAUGUGUCCAUCUUGCUGCAGAGUGACAAAAAACUCACACUGGAACAGGUGUCUGACAGUCAAGUUCUUAUAAGAAGUCGAAUCCUUAGAGAAAAUGGAAAGUACAUUCCAAGACAGUCAUUUCUUAUGAGGAAAUAUUACCUUAAUAACCCUGAAGAUGGAUUUUUCAAGAAGACUAAAAGGAAGGUGGUUCCUCCAUCUCCAAUGACAGAUCCCAGUAUGCUGACCGACAUGAUGAAGGGAAAUGUAACAAAUGUUCUGCCCAUGAUUCUUAUAGGGGGUUGGAUUAACUGGACAUUUUCUGGAUUUGUUACAACUAAGGUUCCGUUCCCAUUGACACUCAGAUUUAAACCUAUGCUACAGCAGGGAAUUGAACUCCUUUCCUUGGAUGCCUCUUGGGUAAGCUCUGCGUCCUGGUAUUUUCUUAAUGUAUUUGGUCUUCGAAGCAUGUAUUCUCUGAUCCUUGGACAAGACAAUGGUGCUGACCAGACCCAAGUAAUGCAAGAACAGAUGACUGGGGCAGCCAUGGCAAUGCCUGCAGACACCAACAAAGCAUUUAAAGCGGAGUGGGAAGCAUUGGAGCUAACAGAUCAUCAGUGGGCAUUGGAAGAUGUCGAACAGGAUCUUAUGGCUCAAGACCUGAAUUUCGAUGGCAUGUUCAGCAAGGAACUUCAGACUUCCAUUUUCUGAGCUGCAGUCUUAACUGGAAUUUAAGCAACCUCUGCUUCUUGGUUGCUAAUAUAAUACACUUUAAAAUGGAUAAUAUUACCUUCUCUGUGCAGUAAAGUACACAGAAGGUAGCUGUUUGCAGUGAGACGGAGUAUGUUAUGAGAACAGCAGACAGCAGUGGCUUUGAGUUGCAUCAGAUCCAAGUUUACAGUGGCAUAGCAUUAUUCUGUUUUGCUUUUCAAAUAUUUAUGAAAUGUAAACACUGUUAUCUUGGUGAAUUAUGAACUAUUUGGUUUACAUAAAACCUCCAACAGUGGAUACAUAUUUUUAGAUGCCUUUAGUCAUUUACUUUUUAUUGUGGACCUGAUUUAUUAUCUUAAUUUUUUCUCCAUCUAUAAUAUAUAGCUGUAAUGGCACAUAACCACACCUCACAGCUGUGUUUUUGUGUGGUUCACAAUUUUUUUCUCUCAGUAUAAUUUUUUUCUAUGCGGGUCUUAUUUUAGUAAAGCAAAGUUAGCUUAACACCGACUGCAUAUGAUUAAGCAAAAUGACACGAGUAUGCCGUGUCAGUUACUGUAAAACUGCAUAUAACAGGAAAUGCCUAAAUAAUGUUGUAAAUGAAAGGCAGACUAGCAAGCUUUAUUUCAGUUUUAAAUUGAUCACCCCAAAUACAUCUGGUCUUUUUCUUUGUGAAAUAAUCAUGUCAUUACAUUUAACCAGUUGCAUAUGCAUGAUUUUAUUGCACGCAGGUUCUUGACACAGACUGUCACUUCUUUUCUGGACCCCACGCCCUACUUUGUAGUGGCUCUGACCAUCACCAUUCUUUGUUCCCCCAUUCAUUGUUUCUGUAUCAAACCUAAGCAGUUACAUUUGAUUUAUGUCAUGCAAAUGUCGGGGGGGGGGGCUCUCUGUCUAUCCUAGGCCACUCUGUUUCAGCAGGGGAGUUUUACUCUCCACAACUUCCUUCCUUCCUUUCUUCUUUCCUUCAGAGAUGCACACAUGCAGUGAAAUCAGUGCUUUUAUGAAGACACCUGUGUUUUUCUUGUCGCAUAAUAAUGCUGUGAGUGCAGGGUCCUCAGCCUUCACUAGGGAUCAUGAAUAUGGUAGCAGAACUAAUGCCCUUCCCUCAUAGUAGGGACAAGUCGUCAGCCUGUCUUCAUUAGACAGCUCUAUCAAAGAUCUGAGCACAUCCACAGCUUUGUUAGUGGUGUGAUCCAACAACUAACUUUCUGCCAGUGGACUGGCUUUUUAGUCCUUCAUUCGUCAGUGAUUUCUUAAGUCUGGUUUGUAAAAUAAGUAGUGGAAGAAGUGGACUGAUGUGUACAGGCUGUAUAAACCGCAGUAAUAAAAUAAUGUAUUAGAUGCCUCAAAGCUUAUACCGGAGAUGCAUGGGUACAAGUCUUUCUGACUCUAACUUUGCAGCAGGUUCUUAACCUCUGUAUGCCUUUGUCGCUCUUAUGCACAAGUGGUGGGACCUGCUGCAUCCUACAUGGUAACCAGAUGUUACCAAAGAGUAAAACGAUUAGUUUCUUAAAUGGAUUGUUUUUAUUAUUGCACUAAUAUACUGCUGUUACACAGCUGGAAGUACUGUCACUUCUUUGGGGGUUAAAAAUACCUUGUGUUGUCUCUUCACUCAUAAUUGCCUUUCAGCAUCUGGUACUUGCCUCCUGACGUAUGGCAUGAAUUUUAUUGCUUAACUACACAGCAGCAAAUUUAGUUUGCUUAAGAUUGCUUCAAAUGACAUAUCUUUUUUAAGUGUAGGUCUUUGAAAUGGCUUGGAAAGAGAUUACAUUUUACAAUACCUGAGGCAGUCUCAGUUCAACAGGUCUUUGCUUAACAAAACAUCCUGAAAUACAAGUCGGCAACAUCAUCAAACAUGAGCUGCCCAAUUAAUCACUGGUGGAAACAUGAAAUCUUGCAAGUACGUAUAAUAAACUGAAUAAAUGGAUUUGGAACUCAA